AUGUGGGACAGUUAUCUAUCCUCUGGAUCAUCGUUAAAAUGGAAAGAUAACCUCAUUAUGAUGAAUAUUUUAUUCAUUGCUCUGAACUUUAUAGUAAUUUCGAGGUCCUCAGCUGACGAAAUGGACAGUCUAACUUUUCCCAAAAACUUCAAGUUCGGAGUUGCAACUUCGGCUCUUCAAAUUGAAGGGGCUUGGAACGUUAGUGGCAAAGGAGAAAGUGAUUGGGAUUGGUGGACACAUCACUGUCCAGAAUGCAUAUAUGACCACCAAAAUGCGGACGUCGCUUGUGACUCGUACCACAAGUACAAAGAGGAUGUGGCGUUGAUGAAGCAUAUUGGGGUCCAAUAUUAUAGUUUCUCAAUCAGUUGGACACGAAUUCUGCCAAAUGGAUUUCUUAAUAACGUAAGUGAAGCUGGGCUUCAAUACUACAGAAACUUGGUAGAUGAACUUCUUUACAACGGUAUAGAGCCUGUGGUAACUUUGUACCAUUUUGCCCACCCACAAAUACUGGAAGAAAUGGGUGGAUGGACCAACGAACUGAUGAUUAAAUGGUACAGUGACUACGCCAGAAUUAUUUUUCGAGAACUAGCACCAAGAGUCAAAAUUUUCCUUACCAUAAACGAGCCGCUCACAUUUUGCAAUGGAUACAGUGACACUACAAUAAGCCCUGGUAAAUCUAUGCCAGAUAGAAUCGGGUAUUACUUGUGCAUACAUAAUGUUCUGAAGGCUCAUGCCACAACCUAUCAUAUGUACAAUGACGAAUUUCGACCAUUUUACCACGGUCGCAUUGGUCUGAGCAUUCCCUGUGAAGGGUAUUAUCCAGAUGCGCCAAAUGACACUGCUUAUGCUGAAACAGGUUUCCAAUUUCAUUGUGGUCUAAUAGCAAAUCCCAUUUUUAUUGGUGAUUAUCCAGCAAUUGUGAAGGAAAGAGUGGCUCUCGUUAGCAAGGCACAAGGUUAUCCGGAAUCGCGUCUCCCCAAGUUUUCACCAGAUUGGAUAUCAUUUAUAAAGGGAACAGCUGAUUUCUUCGCUCUCAAUCACUACUCGUCCCAUAUUGUAAGUCCCGACCCAGACGAAGCCCGUGGAAUAUAUAACACAGACAUGGGCGUGAUAUUAAGUUACCAUGAAAGCUGGCCGACUGGAUAUAUUUGCGCAAUCAAGGUUUUUCCGGAGGGCUUCCGCAUGGUUCUGCAAAAAAUUAAAACAUCCUACAAUAACCCGGAAAUUAUAGUAACUGAAAAUGGCUUUCCUGACCGAGGUGAAUCGAAUGACUACUACCGAAUUAAAUUUCAUCACUCUUACAUGCAGGAGAUGAUCAAGGCUAUCAAGUACGACGGUUGUCGUGUAACAAGAUACACGCUGUGGAGUCUCAUGGACAAUUACGAAUUGACUGCUGGUUUCGCAGCUAAAUUCGGACUUUUGAGGGUGAAUUUUGACAGCCCCAAAAGGGAAAGGACACCUAAGUGGUCAGCCUCCUGGUUCCAAACAGUUAUUCAAACUGGUAUGCUCCAGGAUAUUUCCAGAUAUGCACAAACAGAGUCUGGACCAAAGUCACAAGAUUGCGUGGAUUACAUAUAGGUAUAAGUUGUGUAU